GACGCCGAGGCAAGAAGGCUCCUGCGGUCGGCAGGAUGCCCCGGGAGGCACGCCCCGUCAGGCUCAGCGACUACCUGGAGAGGCGCCGCACAGAGAUGUGCCCCGCCAAGGGCGCCGGCCUGUACCGCCGCGUCUGGAACACCCUGCAGGGCACCAAGGUGUCGGUGAUGAUCUCGGCGGUGACGGCGUCCCUGGCCGUCGGCGACUGCCUGACCAAGGACUCGUACCUGGACGCCAGCCUGGGCAUCCGCAUCACGGUGGGCGUCGUGUCGUGCACCACGGCGCAGUACCUGUACGCGUGGCGCCGCGCCGCGUUCGGCAGCACACUGCGAGGCAUGGCGGCCGUGGCCAGGGCCCUGGAGGGCACGGCGGACGUUGUUCAGAUGGUGAAACGACGGCCCCUAUUCGAAAGUUCUUUUCUGGGCGCUCCUAGUGAAAGAAUCUUAUCUGCAACGCACGCGAAGUUUGACCAUAUGGGACGGAGGAGGCUACCUGAAAUGAUGAAACUUGGUGAAAUUCGCUUGCUUUGCAGAUAAGAUUCUCUGAAUAGGAGCGCCCAGAUAAGAUCUUUUGAAUAGGACCCCUCGAAAAGUCGUAUGGCGCUUAUUUAAAUAUCAUUUUCUAAAUAUCUAGUUUUCCUGAAAAACCAACAAGACCAAAACAAAUUUGAAGAAAAAUAAAAAUGGCCUGCGGUAGA